AAAGCCCGCGUUUCCUACCGCGGGCACCUGGGAGUCGUAGGCGGGUAGACCUGAAAGCCUUCUGGGAGUCGUAGUCUGUUUACCCACUUCCGCUUUUCCUGGGAGCCUGGACCUACCAGCGCGGGUUCUGCUCAGUCCAGGAGAAGAGGACCCUUCGCACCCGCCCGGACCCCGCGAUGCCCGCCCCGCAGUGCGCCUCCUGCCACAAGGCCCGCGCCGCCCUCCGCCGCCCGCGCUCCGGCCAAGCGCUGUGCGGCACCUGCUUCUGCGCCGCCUUCGAGGCCGAGGUGCUGCACACGGUGGUCGCGGGCCGCCUGCUGCCGCCCGGCGCCGUGGUGGCCGUGGGGGCCUCGGGCGGCAAGGACUCCACGGUGCUGGCGCACGUGCUGCGCGAGCUGGCGCCGCGCCUGGGCAUCUCGCUGCGGCUGGUGGCCGUGGACGAGGGCAUCGGCGGCUACCGGGACGCGGCGCUGGCGGCCGUGCGGCGCCAGGCGGCGCGCUGGGAGCUGCCGCUCACCGUCGUGGCCUACGCCGACCUGUUCGGGGGCUGGACGAUGGACGCCGUGGCCCGCAGCACGGCCGGCUCGGGCCGCAGCCGCUCCUGCUGCACCUUCUGCGGGGUGCUGCGGCGGCGGGCGCUGGAGGAAGGGGCGCGCCUCGUGGGAGCCACUCAUGUCGUGACGGGCCACAACGCGGACGACAUGGCGGAGACGGUGCUCAUGAACUUCCUGCGGGGCGACGCGGGCCGGCUGGCCCGGGGCGGGGGCCUGGGCUCCCCGGGCGAGGGGGGCGCCCUGCCGCGCUGCCGCCCGCUGCAGCUGGCCUCGCAGAAGGAGGUGGUGCUGUACGCGCACUUCCGCCGCCUGGACUACUUCUCCGAGGAGUGCGUGUACGCGCCCGAGGCCUUCCGCGGCCACGCGCGCCACCUGCUCAAGCUGCUGGAGGCGGCGCGGCCGUCGGCGGUGCUGGACCUGGUGCACUCGGCCGAGCGCCUGGCGCUGGCCCCGGCCGCCCGGCCCCCGCCCGCCGGCGCCUGCUCCCGCUGCGGGGCGCUGGCCAGCCGCGCGCUCUGCCAGGCCUGCGCCCUCCUGGACGGCCUGGACCGCGGCCGGCCCCGCCUGGCCAUCGGCCAGGGCCGUCGGGGGCGGGACGAGGUGGGGCCGGCGGCGGGGACUUCGCAGGAGAGGGAGCAGGUCCAGCCCCCAGCCCGCGACGCCGUUCCCGCUGUCCCCACCUUCUAGGGACCCCAGUUCUCCACUGGGACCCGACCAAGGAGCGCCUGUAAAUGACACUGUGAAUAAAUCCGAGUGACCUUUGCCCAGGGCUUCUGGGAGGGGGACACGACCGGUUACCUCUGACCCUGCAGGAGCUGGUGGCCUGGGCUCCAGGGUCUGAGGGAGGAGGGGCUGAACAACUUUCCACUCUUGAGCAAGUGGGAAUUGGGUGUGGGUGUGGGGGUGGGGUGGGGCUUUUCCUACCUCUGACACGUUCUCAGACAGCCCCAGCCCUUCCUGAGCACCUACUGUGCGCAGGCGUUUCCUGUUUAUCUGUAGAGGGGUAAAUAAAGCCGCCUGACUUGACAGGCACACGGCUCAGUAAUCACGGUGCUUCUCUGAGCCCUGCCCCUCUCAUUCGUUUGCAUAAUCUCAUUAGCUGUGGCCUGAGGUCCCCAGGCUGGAGAGCGAAGGAACUGGGCUUCAAGACGGUGGAAUUGCUCCCCACCCCCUCACACCUGAAUCCCUCCUGGUGUCGGUGAUGGGUGGGGAGCAGCUGGGUGGUCUCCCCAGACCUCAGCUUCCGGAGGCAAAGCUGAGUGCGCCUGGGUCCGUGACAUAAUGUCUCUGGGCUUUGGUUGCCUCCUCUGAAAAUGGACUCAGAGCAAUGCUGUGAAGAUUGGAUAAAGGGCUUCAUGAAUGGUGUCGACAUUUAUAUUAAGGUUUGGCCACCAGGGAGCUCUGGUGUUCAGGGUUGCUGGCCCAAGGUCCACACAGAUGUGAGGCCCAGAGGCUUCCUGCCUUAGGGGGGCAUGGAGGUGGGGUAGGGGGUGGGGCUUGGUAAUUUAGUCCCACCUCCAAGCUUUGCUGGGCUGGUCCCUGGUCAGGAAUGCCCUCCCUUUCCCAUCUUCCUGUGCAAAUCCUCCAGGGUCCACCUGGGAGCCUCAGAGUCAUCCACCCCUCCCACACCCAACCCCGUGGGCUGCCCCUCACCUGUGGCCAUUCAUGCCCUGGGUCUCAUUUUUCCUAAUGGACUGAGCUUUGAGGACAGAGACCAAAAAUCCCUCCCCUCUAGGUAGCACAGCAUCAUUCAUCCAACAUUUACUGAGCCCCUAAUGUAUACAGGGGCAGUAAAAAUAUAAGUAAAUAAAAUAAAAGACAAACCUCUCACUUGUGGAGCUUACAGUCUAUGGGAGAGAGACAACAGAGGAGUAAAUGCAUACUCUGAGGUCUGAUGAUGAGUACUGUGAAUAGGAAAUGAAGGGCCCUGGCCAGUUUGGGUGAGUGGUGAGGGCAUCGGCCCAUGGACUGAAGGGUCGUGGGUCGAUUGCUCUAU